AUGAAGUCCACCUUGAACGCACCCGUGUCGACCUGCAACCUGGAACGCGCCCGCGGGCUAGCAAUGUCAGUCAAGCUAGCCAGCAGGGCCACGAGUUGCAGGAGCUCGUUCAGAGGUGACAUGAUUUUAUUAAUUUAGGAGCUGCAAAUGCAAUGCUCACUUAUUAUUAAUGAAUUACCAUUUUGCUUCCUAUGGCGGGCAACUGAGGUCUGGUUGUCGGCCAUGCUGGAAAUGUGAUCUCGCGUUAUUGUGUCAUUGUCAAUACAGUACAUCUACACCACGAUAUGAAACGUUGAUUUGAACCUUCUGACCAACUAGUGGGUCAGGCGGCGCCCCACUGUCUGAUUCAUAUCGCGUGAAAUGUUACAACAUGACGUCAUAAUGACAACACAAUCAGAACGAUUGGAACUAUUUCACGCUGGGAAGAUUUUUACAUGACACAACAGGCACAUCUGGGUGUGUCAAGAACUGCAACACUGCUGGGUUUUCCCACGCUCAACAGUUUCCUGUGUGUAUCAAGAAUGGUCCACCACCCAAAGGACAUCCAGCCAACUUGACACAACUGUGGGAAGCAUUGGAGUCAACAUGGGCCAGCAUCCCUGUGGAACGCUUGACACCUUGCAGAGUCCAUGUCCCAACAAAUUGAGUCUGUUCUGAGGGCAAAAGAGGGUGAACUCAAUAUUAGGAAGAUGCUCCUAAUGUUUUGUAUACUCAGUGUAUAUUUAAUCACUAACCUACUUGUACUACAUUAGCUUCCAUUUUUCAAUAGGCUACAGUCCUUAAAGGUAUAGUUCACCCAAGUGACAAAAAUGAUGCUUUGGUUUCCUUACCCUGUAAGCAGUUAUGACAGCAAUCCAUACUUUGGUUUAGUUUCCCUGAAACUGUUUGUGGCACAAAUUCCAUUCAAGUCAUGGGACCGAUAUUGUGGUCCUCUGUUGCUCAAUUGGUAGAGCACGGUGCUUGUAACGCCAGGGUAGUGGGUUCAAUCCCCGGGACCACCCAUACGUAAAAAUGUAUGCACACAUGGCUGUAAGUCGCUUUGGAUAAAAGCGUCUGCUAAAUGGCAUAUUAUUAUUAUUAUAAUUUUUUGCGCAUUAUGUCCAAAUCAUCCGAAAGUAUCUCAAAUGUAUUGUGAAGCUCAACAAAGUAACUUACAGAUGUUUUGAACAUGAUGUGUGAAAAAUGCUGAAAUCGGUCCCAUGACUUGAAUGGGAUUUGUGCCAUUAGCAUGUGGAAACACGUACUGCCAGGGGAAACUAAACCAAAGCAUGGAUUGCUGUCAUAACUUGUCCAUAGACUGCUUACAGGGUAAGGAAACCUAUCCAUUUAAGGACUGUAACCUACUGUAGUGUAGAAUGUAGAAGUAGGUUAGUGAUAAAAUAUAGUGGGAUAGUAGUCUUUAGUUAGCUUGACUACCCAUCCACAUUGCUCCAGCCAAAUGCCAAGCUGGGUGGGUGAACUAUUCCUUUAAGUCUCUCUGUUCAUGUGUGACCAUAAGCCUGAUUAACAAUAACAGUAACAUAAUUGUUUUCAUGAUGCUUGCACACGCCCCUGUCCAGGAUUUACCGACCAGCAUUAAAUGACAACAGCAGGCUAGUAGAAGAAACUGAACACCAUUUUAAAAGCAUUCUUUAACACAACUCACUUGCCCAGACAAGAAUAAGUUGUUUCUGCCAGACCUGAAACCCUGGGGAAUGUGGAAGGACAUCCCCAAGGGAUAUGGCAGUACCCAUCAUUACAUGCUGUACUGGUGAUGAGCUCCAUACUCAUUGUUUAUCUGUUCUGGUAUUGCUACAUUCUGGAUUUUUGAUUGUUUGUACAUUAUCAACAUUAGCACACAAAAUCUGCUGGUUCUAACCGAGGAACCUGUUUGACCAGGGCGAGGGGCAGCCCUUAAAACAGAGUAAAGGUAACAGGUGACACAAAGUCUAGAGAGAGAGAGAGAGAUACUCCAUAUUUUCCAUUCGUUGAUAAGGUAUGUUGACUUUAAAAUAUUGCAUAUUGCAAAAAGCUUGUAUGUAGAACCAUAGUACUAAUGAUCAAUCCCUUGACUAAGUGAAUCAGGAGAGCAAGGUCAGGGCUACAACAAAAUUGUGAAAUGUCUGGGAGUUCCGUGGAUGUCUUCACCCAAAAUUCCAGUAUCUCAGAAAAUAUUGUAACGAUUAUAUUGUUUGGCAAAAAGUGUUUAUUGCAUUGAAUGAUAGAACCCCUUUGUCUGUGUUAAGUAUAUUUUUUGCCUUUCCCAGUUUUUCCAUUGACUCACCAUGGUUGAGUACAAAGUACAGGUGACUACAGGGGACUUUCUAUUCUCUGGCUCAUCUGACUACAUCUAUGUCACACUGAUCGGAACAGAGGGGGAAAGUGAGCGCACUAACCUUGACAACUUUGGUCUAGAUUUCAUGACUGGGAUGGUAAGUUACCAGUGAGCAAUGAGGGGAAAUACUUAAAGCUGCAAUAUGUAACUUUUUGGCCAACCCGACCAAAUUCACAUAGAAAUGUGAGUUAUAAAUCUGUCAUUCUCACUGAAAGCAAGUCUAAGAAGUGGUAGAUCUGUUCUAUAUGCACUAUUUCUAUGCUUCCCUUUCUUAAAUUUAGUUUUUGCGUCUUUUACUUUGUGUUGUACACCAGCUUAAAAAGGCUGAAAAUACUAUAUUUUUGGUUAUUGAAAAUACACUGCUCAAAAAAAUUAUGGGAACACUUAAACAACACAUCCUAGAUCUGAAUGAAUGAAAUAAUCUUAUUAAAUACUUUUUUCUUUACAUAGUUGAAUGUGCUGACAACAAAAUCACACAAAAAAAAACCUCAGCAUUCUUUGUCCUCCAAACACGACGAGUUGAGUUUUUACCAAAAAGUUCUAUUUUGGUUUCAUCUGACCAUAUGACAUUCUCCCAAUCCUCUUCUGGAUCAUCCAAAUGCACUCUAGCAAACUUCAGACGGGCCUGGACAUGUACUGGCUUAAGCAGGGGGACACGUCUGGCACUGCAGGAUUUGAGUCCCUGGUGGCGUACUGUGUUACUGAUGGUAGGCUUUGUUACUUUGGUCCCAGCUCUCUGCAGGUCAUUCACUAGGUCCCCCCGUGUGGUUCUGGGAUUUUUGCUCACCAUUCUUGUGAUCAUUUUGACCCCACGGGGUGAGAUCUUGCGUGGAGCCCCAGAUCGAGGGAGAUUAUCAGUGAUCUUGUAUGUCUUCCAUUUCCUAAUAAUUGCUCCCACAGUUGAUUUCUUCAAACCAAGCUGCUUACCUAUUGCAGAUUCAGUUUUCCCAGCCUGGUGCAGGUCUACAAUUUUGUUUCUGGUGUCCUUUGACAGCUCUUUGGUCUUGGCCAUAGUGGAGUUUGGAGUGUGACUGUUUGAGGUUGUGGACAGGUGUCUUUUAUACUGAUAACAAGUUCAAACAGGUGCCAUUAAUACAGGUAACGAGUGGAGGACAGAGGAGCCUCUUAAAGAAGAAGUUACAGGUCUGUGAGAGCCAGAAAUCUUGCUUGUUUGUAGGUGACCAAAUACUUAUUUUCCACCAUAAUUUGCAAAUAAAUUCAUUAAAAAUCCUACAAUGUGAUUUUCUGGAGAAAAAAAAACUCAAUUUGUCUGUCAUAGUUGACGUGUACCUAUGAUGAAAAUUACAGGCCUCUCUCAUCUUUUUAAGUGGGAGAACUUGCACAAUUGGUGGCUGACUAAAUACUUUUUUUCCACACUGUAUGUGUGUGUAUAUAUAUAUAUAUAUAUAUAUAUAUAUAUAUAUAUAUAAAUAUAUAUACACAGUGCAUUCGGAAAGUAUUCAGACCCCUUCACUUUUUCCACAUUUUGUUACGUUACAGCCUUAAUCUAAAAUUGAUGAAAUUAUUAUUUCCCACAUCAAUCUACACACAAUACCCCAUAAUGACAAAGUGAAAACAGGUUUUUAGACAUUUUUGCUAAUUAAAAAAAUGUAAAAACAGAAAUACCUUAUUUACAUAAGUAUUCAGACCCUUUACUCAGUACUUUGUUGAAGCACCUUUGGCAGCGAUUACAGCCUCGAGUCUUCUUGGGUAUGACGCUACACGUUUGGCACACCUGUAUUUGGGGAGUUUCUCCCAUACUUCUCUGCAGAUCCUCUCAAGCUCUGUCAGUUUGGAUGGGGAGCGUUACUUCACAGCUAUUUUCAGGUCUCUCCAGAGAUGUUUGAUUGGGUUCAAGUCUGGGCUCUAGCUGGGCCACUCAAGGACAUUCAGAGACUUGUCCCGAAGCAUUUACAUUUUAGUCAUUUAGCAGACGCUCUUAUCCAGAGCGACUUACAGUUAGUGAAUACAUUUUUUUUAUUUUUAUACUGGCCCCUUAUGGGAAACGAACCCACAACCCAUGCUCUAUCAACUGAGCUACAUCCCUGCCGGCCAUUCCCUCCCCUACCCUGGACGACGCUGGGCCAAUUGUGCGCCGCCCAUGAGUCUCCCGGUCGCGGCCGGCUGCGACAGAGCCUGGAUUCGAACCAGGAUCUCUAGUAGCACAGUUAGCACUGCGAUGCAGUGCCUUAGACCACUGCGCCACUCAGGAGCUACUCCUGCGUUAUCUGGGCUGUGUGCUUAGGGUCGUUGUCCUGUUGGAAGGUGAACCGUCGCUCUAGUCUGAGGUCCUGAGCACCCUGGAGCAGGUUUUCAUCAAGGAUCUUUCUGUUCUUUGCUCCGUUCAUCUUUCCCUCGAUCCUGACUAGUCUCCCAGUCCCUGCCGCUGAAAAACAUCCCCAUAGCAUGAUGCUGCCACCACCAUGCUUCACUGUAGAGAUGCUGCCAGGUUUCCUCCAGAUGUGAUGUUUGGCAUUCAUAGAGUUCAAUCUUGGUUUCAUCAGACCUGAGAAUCUUGUUUCUCAUGUUCUGAGAGUCCUUUAUUGCCUUUUGGCAAACUCCAAGCGCACUGUCAUGUGCCUUUUACUGAGGAGUGGCUUCCGUCUGGCAACUCUACCAUAAAGGCCUGAUUGGUGGAGUGCUGCAGAGAUGGUUGUCCUUCUGGAAGGUUCUCCCAUCUCCACAGAGGAACUCUGGAGCUCUGUCAGAGUGACCAUCGGGUUCUUGGUCACCUCUCAGACCAAGGCCCUUCUCCCCCGAUUACUCAGUUUGGCAAGGCCGCCAGCUCUAGGAAGAGUCUUGGUGGUUCCAAACUUCUUCUAUUUAAGAAUGAUGGAGGCCAUUGUGUUCUUGGGGACCUUCAAUGCUGCAUACAUGUUUUGGUACCCUUCCUCAGAUCUGUGUCUCGACACAAUCCUGUCUCGGAGCUCUACGGACAAUUCCUUCGACCUCAUGGCUUGGUUUUUGCUUUGAUAUGCACUGUCAACUGUGGGACCUUAUAUAGACAGGUGUGUGCCUUUUCCAAAUCAUGUCCAAUCAAUUGAAUUUACCACAGGUGGACUCCAAACAAGUUGUAGAAACAUAACAAGGAUGAUCAAUGGAAACAGGAUGCACCUGAGCUCAAUUUCGAGACUAAUAGCGAUAGGUCUGAAUACUUAUGUAAAUAAGUUAUUUCUGUUUAAAAAAAUUGUUUAAAUUUGCUAACAUUUCUAAAAACCUGUUUUCACUUCAUCAUUAUGGGGUAUUGUGUGUAGAUUGAUGUGGAAACUUUUGUAUUUAAUCCGUUUUAGAAUAAGGCUGUAACGUAACAAAAUGUGGAAAAAGUCAAGGGGUCUGAAUACUUUCCGAAUGGACUGUAUAUAUAUAUUUACAUUUUGUAGUUUUUAUCGAUAGAUACAGUGGAUAAAUUAUUGAGCUGAGGAGAGAAUGGAACAUAGAAUGGAAAGUGGUUCUGUCUGUGUUUGAACCCAUGCCUCCAGGAGCAGUGUGUUGUUCUGGGGCAGCAGCACUACUGUCAGCACCGGGCACAUAUUAGAAACAUUUACAUGUGAAUAGAUAUUUUGAAGUGGUCUUUUGUUGAGGUGCUAUGUCUUAUCUUUGAGGACCAGCAGAACCAGUUUCUAAACCAGCAGAACCACUUUACACUGCUCACUGGUUUCACUUUUUCCCUUUUAAGAACAUUAAUUUGUCCAGAUUGUUAAAAAACCCCACUUAAAAUCCUUUCUGUCAACUUACCUGUACAUGUCCUGAUAGAUAGACAACCUUAAUUUGAAUAAUUUAUAUUUAAUGUUUAGGGGAUAGUCAUAAUGAAUGUGAUCCUGCUCUUCAGCCCAAGCAUGUAGCUAGCUAUUCAACACCCUGUACAUCUCCAUUCUCCACAGACAGGGACCUACACUGUGACCACCCUCUCGUCUCUGGGGUGCCUCCUCCUGGUCAAGCUGGAGAAAGAGCAGUACCUGUUGCUGCCGGAAAACGAGUGGUUCUGCUCCAAGGUUGUCGUGACGAUGCCUGAGGGUGACGUAAUCCUCUUCCCCUGUUACAGAUGGGUGUCCAGAGGGGAAGUUGUGGAGCUGAGAGGAGGAAAAGGUGUGUCCUGAUUCAGCAUUUGUUCUGGGGAUACUCUAAUGUUAUUUAUAAUCCUGCUGCUACUAUAAGUGUGUACAUCUUGGCCUCUUCUCCACUUCACAGCCAGCAAGAUUUUUGAGGAUGAGCUCCCUCUACUGGUGGACCAUCGUAAAAAGGAGUUGGAGCGUAACAAGAAACUGUUCCAGUGAGUGUUUUUACCAGUUGUUUGUGUAGGACUGUCUACAGCUCAACACACAGCACACACCAGUCAGUCAACUUUUCUGUACAACACUUUUAGAUUGAUUGUGUGUGUGUCUUCUUGUCUCACCAUUAGGUGGAUUGUGUAUGCCGAGGGAGUUCCCCACAUCAAUAACGCCACUGAAGUCUCAGCUCUCCCUUCUGAAGUUAAAUUUUCCUUCUCCAAAAUGUCUGAGUUUAUCUACACCAAAGCUGCAGCGUAAGUUCAAAGCAGAUGGCACAUCUAAAGCAGUUUAAAUGCCCACAACAGUACCAGUGUAACAUACUGUAUGUUCGACAGAGGAGGCUGGUGAGGGGUGGACAGCUUAUAAUAAUGGCUGGAAUGUAGUGAAUGGAAUGGUAUCAAACACAUGGAAACCACAUGUUUGAUGUGUUUGAUACCAUUCCAUUUAUUCCAUUCCAACCAUUACUAUGAGAUGGUCCUUCGAUUUUAAGUUGCACCAGCCACCACUGAUGUUCAUCCAAAUGCACAGAACCUUUCCUAUGACCGUGAGGGAAUAAACAUGGCAUAUAACCUGUCUCUUCUAACCCCAUCUGCCCCUACCAGUAUAGCUGAGCUCAAACUGAAAGGCCUGGUGGACUCCACCGAGCAGUGGAAAGACCUGGAUCUGAUGAAACAUGUCUUCUGGAGCAAUAGAACACCCAUUUCAGGUAAGAGACCUGAUCCCUUGAAUUGUAUAUCAACUAUAAGGGUAAUUUAGAGAUAUCAUAUUUUAAAUUCCUCCCUCCUAGAGUAUGUUUCUGAGCACUGGAGGGAGGAUGACUUUUUCGGGUCCCAGUUUCUGAAUGGAACCAACCCCAAUGUGAUCCAGCGCUGCACAACGCUUCCCCCCAACUUCCCUGUCACAGAUGAGAUGGUACAGCCCUUCCUGGAGGAUGGCAGUUCCCUGGCGAUGGAGAUGCAGGUAUAAAUUAUGAACAGUUAGAUUGUAAGUUAUCUUACAACUCUAAAGUGGGAUAUGGUGUUCCACAAGGUUCAGUGCUUGGAUCCCUUCUGUUCACUUUAUACAUGCUACCCUUUUGUAACAUAAUCCGUGGACAUCCGUUCUUCUUUUUCUUUGUCUCUUAUAGCAUGAGCUACUGCUUAACUACCCACAGGGAACAGACGUCAGUUCCACGUCUACUUUUGAUUUACAUUUGAUUGAGUUAUCAACUAACGUGAAAUCAACAAAUAAAUUCACCAUGUCAUUGGAUUUAAAAAUCCAUGUUGAUGACUUUUUGCAAAUCCAAACAGUUUUUCACGUUGAUUCAAUGUCAUCACACUGAAUAUUUUUGUUGAAAUUACUCGUAAACAACGUUUAUUCAACCAGUUUCUGGCCAGUGGGUACUUUAAAUUCCAUGUUCCCACAAAGUCUUUAACCUCUGUUUCCUUUCCUCCCUACAGGAAGGAAACAUAUUCCUUUGCGACUACAAGAGGCUUAAGGGUGUGCCAACCCGGGUGGUCAAUGGUAAACCACUGUCCCUCACUGCUGCCCUCUGCCUGUUCUACAAGAACCCAGAGGACAAACUGCUGCCUAUUGCCAUCCAGGUACAGUACACAUACCUGGAAACAGGUGCAGAUGUUACAAUGUUGCAAAUGCUUAGUAAAUCUGUUCCUCAGAAGUGAUGAUUACUUCUGACCUCUGGGUUUCUCUGAUCUGGUCAUGUAUGACUCAGUUGGUAGAGCAUGGCGCUUGCACCGCCAGGGUUGUGGGUUCGAUUCCCAGGGCCACCCAUACGUGAAAUAUAUGCAUGCAUGACUGUAAGUCACUUUGGAUAAGUGUCUGCUAAAUGGCAUAUAUUAUCUCACAGCUGGAGCAGCAGCCAUCUGAUCACCCUGUUGCAGGAAAACUUGUAGUGUAUUUGAGGUUAAAAAAGGCUUCUGAAGUUUGUAAUUUCCACUUAGAAAUUUCAGACUUGAUUUUCCCUUAUGAAAAAUGUAUCAGACCCUACAGAAAUGUCCAUUAAUUAUAAUCCACAUAAUAAUUCACAUUUCCUGUUGCUGAAGGAUUACUUUCCUCCUGUAGCAAACUGGCUCAAAUUAAGAUCCUACAUCUGUAGUACCAUCCUAACUGUUCCACAAUACUCAACCAAAUGUCAUUAUUAAAAAAAAUAAGAAAAAUUAAAACAACCAUGAAAAAAACCCAUUUAAAAACAAGAGAAAGAAAGUCUCGUUAACAGAAAAUAAAGGAUUUUUUAAAAACGCUUCUACUCAAAACAAAGCUUCUUUCCACAGUUAUUAUUACAUUACAGUCCCUAAUCAAUAUAAUGUAUGUACAGUAUUCAAGGCUAUUCAAACCAUAGAUCUGAGAAGGGGGAGUCAGUCCAUGUUUGGAUCCAUAUUUGAAUGUUGAUAUGACGUUAAUAUUUUUAUUUGCCAAAAUGCUACAUGUUUGUGUACUGAGAAUUGUACCUGAACAAUGUUGUCAUAAAAGCUGUGUUUUUGUUAAAAACUUGCCUUUAUUCCUUUGGUUAUGGGUUUCUCUGACCUCACAGCUGGAGCAGCAGCCAUCUGAGCAGAACCCCAUAUUUCUGCCUAGCGACUCGGAGCACGACUGGCUGCUAGCCAAGAUAUUUGUGAGGAACGCAGAUUUCUCAGAGUACCAGAUCAGCUACCAUCUACUGGGCACUCAUUUACUGGCCGAGGCCUUCGCUAUGGCAACCCUCCGGAGCCUUCCUAUCAUGCACCCUCUCCACAAGGUAUGACAACCUGACACAGACUGGGGUCCCACCAAACAAUGAACAGCAAGCAAAUGCAUGUUAUUAUCCCUGAGCUGUAAAUUCAGUCAUGAAACCUAUCGUUCAACUUCUCUCUAGAGAUCUUGGAUAGAUUUAUGGGACAUCAACACAUCAUUAAUGGUUAUUUCUUCUAUGACAUUAAUAAAUAUUUUGCUUAUUUUUCUUUUGUUCUUUCUAUUUCUCCUCUGUCUCUGUAUAGUUGCUGAUACCCCACUUCCGUUACACCCUGCAGAUCAACCUUCUUGCGCGAAAAAGACUGAUUAGUCCUGAUGGACCCUUAGCAAAUGUACGUACCUUAACACUGAAAUGAAUGCAUUGAUUCAGCCGAUACAAUUCCAUGUUUACCACUUGGUGUGCUGUAUUGACGUAAACUUUUCCUUUCUUUAGGGUGCUAUGGGACUGGAGGGGUUGAAGGAACUCUUGAAAAGGGCACAUUCAGAAAUCACCUACAGCUCCCUCUGUCUGCCGGAGAACAUUGUUGCACGAGGACUGGAAUCCAUCCCCAACUUCUACUACAGGGAGGACGGCCUGAAGCUGUGGAACAUCAUCCACAGGUGGCGCUAUUUAUUUGAAUAACCCCUAUUGGCAAAGUGAGAAUAACACUUCUCAAUUAAUCUAAAUAACACAACAGUACGGGCUGAAGCUUUAAAUCAAUACAGUUAGUAGCUAGCUUGGUUUACUGAACAUGCCAUUAAAAAUGUGUUGUGGUGUACAGCUUUGUCCAGGGGAUGGUGGAGCACUUCUAUUCUUCUGACAGUGAAGUGUCCAGGGACUCUGAGCUCCAGGACUGGAUCAACGAGAUCUUCAUCCAUGGGUUCCUUGGAAACAACAAGUUAGGUACUUUACUUAUGAAGUAUCAGUCAAUAAAACCAAGAAAGCUACACUGUUGUGACGUGUUGUAUUACCUAUCCUCCUCAUCCACUGAUGUUGCCUCCACAGGAAUCCCUAAGCGAUUUGACAAAGUGGAGGAAGUUGUCAAAUUCGUUACCAUGAUUAUCUUCACCGUGUCAGCUCAACAUUGCGCCCUCAAUAUGGGGCAGGUAAGUUAAGGAAGAGAGCAUUUCAAGUAGCCACGUUCACGCUAUAGAAUUCCCCAUCAAAAAUGGAAUUUAGGUUAUAGUAACAUAGUUCAUGUAUUUGUUUUAAUAUAGCUUUGUUACUUAAACGUGAAUUAUUUAGCCUUCUGACCAUUGGUUUAUACAAGGAUGUCUCUCUUUUCUAGUUUGACUACGGUGGUUGGGUACCCAACAACCCCCUGCUUCUGCGCAAAGCUCCUCCCACCACUAAGGGGAGCUCUAGCAUGAACACCAUUCUGGAAGUACUGCCAGACAUCAGCACUACUGUCAACAACAUGGCUUCCACAUGGCUGCUCAGCAAGAGAUACGCGGACAUAGUGAGUUAUUAUUUCACUGUCUAUGUCAAGAUCAUGUCUGUAAUAUGGUGCAGUCACUGUUGCUUUUGACAAACCUAUUCACAAAUACAAGACUGAUUUGUUCACUUCUUCUAAUCUAAAUUAUAAACUGGGUGGUUUGAGCCCUGAAUGCUGAUUGGCGGACAGCCAUGGUAUAUCAGACCGUAUACCACGGGAAUGACAAAGCAUUUAUUGGUUAUAUACCACACCUCCUCGGGCCUUAUUGCUUAAAUAUACAGUACCAGUCAAAAGUUUGGACACACCUACUCAUUCAAGGGUUUUUCUUUAUUUUUACUAUUUUCUACAUUGUAGAAUAAGAGUGAAGACAUCAAAACUAUGAAAUAACACAUAUGGAAUCAUGUAGUAACCAAAAAAGUGUUAAACAAAUCAAAAUAUAUUUGAGAUUCUUCAAAGUUGCCACCCUUUGCCUUGAUGACAGCUUUGCACACUCUUGGCAUUCUCUCAACCAGCUUCAUGAGGAAUGCUUUUCCAACAGUCUUGAAGGAGUUCCCACAUAUGCUGAGCACUUGGCUAUUUUUCCUUCACUCUGCGGUCCAACUCAUCCCAAACCAUCUCAAUUGGGUUGAGGUUGGGUGAUUGUGGAGGCGAGGUCAUCUGAUGCAGCACUCCAUCACUCUCCUUCUUGGUCAAAUAGCCCUUACACAGCCUGGAGGUGUGUUGGGUCUUUGUCCUGUUGAAAAACUAAUUAUAGUCCCGUUAAGCGCAAACCAGAUGGGAUGGCGUAUCGCUGCAGAAUGUUGUGGUAGCCAUGCUGGUUAAGUGUGCCUUGAAUUCUAAAUAAAUCACAGACAGUGUCACCAGCAAAGCACCAUCACACCUCCUCCUCCAUGCUUCACGGUGGGAACCACACAUGCGGAAAUCAUCCGUUCACCUACUCUGCGUCUCACAAAAACACGGCGGGUGGAACCUAAAAUCUCAAAUUUGGAGUCAUUAGACUUAAGGACAGAUUUCCACCGGUCUAAUGUCAAUUGCUCGUGUUUCUUGGCCCAAGCAAGUAUUUGUGUCCUUUAGUAGUGGUUUCUUUGCAGCAAUUCGACCAUGAAGGCCUGAUUCACGCAGUCUCCUCUGAACAGUUGAUGUUGAGAUGUGUCUGUUACUUGAACUCUGUGAAGCAUUUAUUUGAGCUGCAAUCUGAGGUGCAGUUAACUCUAAUGAACUUAUCCUCUGCAGCAGAGGUUACUCUGGGUCUUCCUUUCCUGUGGCGGUCCUCAUGAGAGCCAGUUUCAUCAUAGCGCUUCAUGGUUUUUGCGACUGCACUUGAAGAAAUGUUCAAAGUAAUUGAAAUGUUCCGUAUUGACUGACCUUCAUGUCUUAAAGUAAUGAUGGGCUGUUGUUUCUCUUUGCUUAUUUGAGCUGUUCUUGCCAUAAUAUGGACUUGGUCUUUUACCAAAUAUGGCUAUCUUCUGUAUUCCACCCCUACCUUUUCACAACACAACUGAUUGGCUCAAAUGCAUUAAGAAGGAAAGACAUUCCACAAAUUAACUUUUAAGAAGGCACACCUGUUAAUUGAAAUGCAUUCCAGGUGACUGCCUCAUGAAGCUGGUUAAGAGAAUGCCAAGAGUGUGCAAAGCUGUCAUCAAGGCAAAGGGUGGCUAUUUGAAGAAUCUCAAAUAUAAAAUAUAUUUUGAUUUGUUUAACACUGUUUUGGUUACUAUAUGAUUCCAUAUGUGUUAUUUCAUUGUUUUGAUGUCUUCACUAUUUUUCUACAAUGUAGAAAAUAGUAAAAAUAAAGAAAAACCCUUGAAUGAGUAGGUGUGUCCAAACUUUUGACUGGUCACAUAAAUCAUGAAUUAAACCAUGUUUGUUCUGUCUUCCUUAGAUUACCCUUGGUACAUACCCAGAUCAACACUUUGAUGAGGCUGUCCCCAAGCAGAUGAUUAAGCAGUUCCAAGCAGAGUUGUCCUACCUCAGUGGGUCAAUCAUUGAGAGGAAUGCCACGCUUACACUACCCUAUAACUACCUGAACCCUGCCGAGAUGGAGAAUAGUGUAUCCAUAUGAUUGAGCUUAUGCCCAUAUCAUUGCAACCGGCUUUACCUGCUGGGCAAAUCGUAUGUACAACUGCACUGAGCAGGGUAUUCAAAUGAUUUACUUAAAGAAGCAGUCUGGGAUCUUAAGCACAACAAAUUAGUAACAUAUUGUACAAAUUAUAUUGAAGAACGCACUUGCUUGCUGAAACAUUGGUUGCUAUACCCAUUAAAUGUUUGGGAGCAUAGAGUGUGUGAAUUUCUUACUUUCUUUUUACGAAUUGGAUUCGUAACAUAUCAUAGAAAUUGUACAAGACGUAACUUAUCAUACAAAAUGGAUGGUGUAGUACACAAUUUGAUUACGUAGUAUACCAAAAAAAGGGACCCAUUUUGGCUUGUGAGCACCACUUUCUAAACUACUGGCUGAAAUUAUACAAAGGCUCUGGAGCAUCACUUCAAUCAUCAUGGAUAAAUGGAUAACCAAAUGGACUAUCUAGAAGGCAGCUGAAGUCCUGGAGCCACAGAGUACCACAGAGUCCUGGACUAAAGUCGCAAGAAAUGGCUACCAACUUUAGAAAAUGCACCUUUGCAAUUGUCUUUAUAAAGAAUGCAUGAAUAAAGUGGAUUACAAAUGCAAUUUGUCCUCUUUGUAUCUCAUUCCAUACUGAGUAGCAUUGGAUUGUUGAUCAGAAUGCAGCUCAUAUUUGAGCUGAAUGAUGAUUAUGGAAAGUUUUACAUUUUACAUUUUAGUCAUUUAGCAGAUGCUCUUAUCCAGAGUGACUUACAGUUAGUGAGUGCAUACUUUUUUCAUACUGAUACUUAAUCAUCAUGCAAAAUGUGCUUUGUCCACCGGCAUGGAACCAAAAUCCUGGUUGAUACAGACACAGGCACACCCCUUUAAGAUAGUCAAAUGAAUGUUGAAAGAGAGAGAGAAAGAGAACCAUAUUCCACCUGCACUUGUCUACAUUCACUAAAGAGUGGUCUAUUUUCUAGUACAUUUUUGCCUCUGGUUUGUGUGUUUUUGCCGUUGACUCACCAUGGCAAUACUAGUACAACACCAGUACAAAAUAGAUCUGACUACUGGUGACUUUCUGCACUCUUCUACCUCUGACAGUAUUUACGCCACACUGAUUGGAACGGAGGGGACAACUCUGGCCUACAUUUCAUGACUGGAAAGGUGAGUUAUAAGCAUUCUAUACCCCACCUUCCUUCACAGUGACAUAUUGUCUUCUUUUGUCUGUUUAUUUUGCAUGUUUUUUUUUAACCCUGCACUGAAACAAAUAUAAAAGGGAAUUGAUGAGUGAGUUGUUGUAGUUAAGAAUUGCAAAUAUGUGUAUUAACCCUGAAUGUGAUAGAGGCAUCAUAAAGAUGGCAAACCUUUCUAAAAUAUAAUUUUCAAGGCUGCUUUUAAAAAGUGUGAUUUCACCUAAAACAAAACUGCCGACUUCAAACAAUGCACAGGAUUAUACAUAAUGUCGAUGGGAAGAUGUUCACAGAAUUGGUCAAAUCACUUUGGCAACACUGGAGACUAACACGGUGUGUGAUAUCAUGCUGUAUGUUCAUUCAUUAGAGGUAGACUACAGUAUGUACACUAUAUUGAUAAGGUGAGACAUUUGGCUAUCUUAUGCACAUGUGGGACAUUUGCAGCAGCCAUUUUCUCUGACCGUGACUGGAAAUGAAGAUUGGAGUGUUUUGCAUAUUCACUCACCAUCAUUGUAGUGUCUCGAGGGUGAUGGCUUUCUGUACUAGUAGUGACAUGUACAAAGUGACAGGUCUCAAGGAGGAUAGUCUCCUAAAACAUUUUUAUAGUAUUUUUACAAGGUUUGUUCACUUCCAGGUGCUACCUUGACAGCCCCAAAAGUGAACUUUUUUGCUCAUGUUGAUUUUUACAGUGUUUGGCUCUGCUGUAAAAAUGGCAUGUGGCACAAAAAGGCUUUUGGUCAAAAUGACUUGCCUGAUGUAGGGUUAAACUGCCACAUCUCCAUUCUCCACAGACAGGGACCUACACUGUGACCACCCUGUCACCUCUGGGGCGCCUCCUCCUGGUUAAACUGGAGAAAGAGCAGUAUCUGUUCCUGCCAGAAAACAAGUGGUUCUGCUCUAAGGUUGUCGCGACGACACCUGAGUAUGAUGUCAUUCACUUCCCCUGUUACAAAUGGGUGUCCAGAGGGGAGGUUGUGGAGCUGAGAGGAGGAAAAGGUGUGCCCUGAAUCAGCAUUUGUUCUGGGAAUAUAAUACCCUAGUGAAUGUUAUUUAUCAUAUAACUUCUGCAUAGCUGUAUAACUUAUAUUAUAAGAAUGUAACUAAGAUGUGAUACAUUCGCCUACUUUGACCUUCUUUGCUCAUACUCUGUCCUCUUUCAAUGCCUCUCCACGUCACAGCCAGCAAAAGAUUUUUGAGGAUGAGCUCCCUCUGCUGGUGGACUAUCGUAAAAAGGAGCUGGAGCCUCACAAGAAACUGUUCCAGUGAGUUUUCCACUUCCCAGCUCAACACACUGACAGAACUGUCCAUCUGUAUAAUGCUGUAGAUUACUGUGAGUAUAUGUACACAUGUCUGUGUGACUUUUCACAUUUAUUUGUUUUAAUAAGUUUGUGUGUGUUGUUGGCCCACCCUCAGGUGGAACGAGUUUGCUGAGGGACUUCCCCACAUGAACAGUGCCAAAGAACUCUCAGCCCUUCUUGCUGAAGUUCUCUUUUCUUUUUCCAAAGAGGUAGAGACAAUCUACACAAGAGAAUCAGGGUAGGUUCAAAGCAGCACAUAAAACCCACCAAUACCAAUGUAGCAUUUUUCCAUCUAGAGAUGCAAACACAGAACCAUCCCUAAGACUGUGAGAUGAUAAUGACAUGACAUGAAGGAAAUAUCCCUGUAACCUUUCAACUCUCACCUUUAACCCCAUCUACCCCCCACCAGAAUGCUUGAGCUCAAACUGAAGGGCCUUGCGGACUCCACCAAGCAGUGGGAAGACUUGGAUAAGAUGAAAAAGGUGUUCUGGUUCAGAAAGACACCCAUCUCAGGUAAAAGAGCUGACCCCUCAAGUUAAACAUCAAACAUAGGGUACAUUAUUAGAUGUAAUGGCAGCAAACAGCAACUUGCUCUUACAUCAGUGGGCCCUACCAGCUUAAAAAGGAUACCAAAUGUCCUUUCUCAUCAAAACCAUAUGCUUAUUAGGCUAGUGCAUACUGCCAUAUAUCUGUCCUAGUAAGACUUGUUUGUUGAAUCAGUCUAGAUAUUUGUUUAAGCUUACAUGGACAUAAUACCUCCAUCCUAGAGUAUGUCUCUGAGUACUGGAAGGAGGAUUACUUUUUUGGGUCCCAGUUUCUGAAUGGAAACAACCCCAAUGUGAUCCAGCGCUGCACAACGCUUCCCCCUAACUUCCCCGUCACAGACGAGAUGGUACAGCCCUUCCUGAAGGACGGGAGGUAUUGAAAAAUACGUUGGUAAUAGCCACGCCUCAGAUCUCUAAAUAUGCUGUAUAGAUUUGUAUUUCAUCACAGGUGGGUGGUGCUAGUUAGCAAUACAAUUGAGUUAGGGGAAGAAUUUAUGCCCCUAAACUAGAGGUAAAGUUGAAUUUGGUGUUCCACAGGGUUCAUUGCUUGUGCCCCUGCUGUUCCCUCAUACAACCCCUUGGUACCUUAAAUCGUAUCUCGAUUUGUUGUUGUCUUUCUGCUAGUAGGAGACAUUGCGUGAUUGGCAUGAGCUACUAUAACUACUUUAAUUCAAUAAAUAUAUUUAUUUGUGACUACAAGAGGCUUGAGGGUGUGCCAACCCGGGUGGUCAAUGGUGAAGCACUGCCCCUCACUGCUGCUCUCUGCCUGUUCUACAAUAACCCAGAGGACAAACUGAUGCCUAUCGCCAUCCAGGUACACACACCUGCACCAAUGGCAUACUUAAGUGACAUAGACAUUAGGUUAAAAAAGGAAACUAAAACAUGCAACUGUCUUCAGAAAAUAUUCUAGACAAUUCAGCAUAAAGCUCAUAAUCCAGAUGUAGGAUCUUAAUUUGAUCACCCUGUUGCAGGAAAACUUGUAGUGUAUUUGAGGUUAAAAAAGUCUUCUGAAGUUUGUAAUUUCCACUUAGAAAUUUCAGACUUGAUUUUCCCUUAUGAAAAAUGUAUCAAACCCUACAGAAAUGUCCAUUAAUUAUAAUCCACAUAAUAAUUCACAUUUCCUGUUGCUGAAGGAUUACUUUCCUCCUGUAGCAAACUGGCUCAAAUUAAGAUCCUACAUCUGUAGUACCAUCCUAACUGUUCCACAAUACUCAACCAAAUGUCAUUAUAAAAAAAAUAAGAAAAAAUAAAACAACCAUGAAAAAAACCCAUUUAAAAACAAGAGAAAGAAAGUCUCGUUAACAGAAAAUAAAGGAUUUUUUAAAAACGCUUCUACUCAAAACAAAGCUUCUUUCCACAGUUAUUAUUACAUUACAGUCCCUAAUCAAUAUCAUGUGUGUACAGUAUUCAAGGCUAUUCAAACCAUAGAUCUGAGAAGGGGGAGUCAGUCCAUGUUUGGAUCCAUAUUUGAAUGUUGAUAUGACGUUAAUAUUUUUAUUUGCCAAAAUGCUACAUGUUUGUGUACUGAUAAUUGUACCUGAACAAUGUUGUCAUAAAAGCUGUGUUUUUGUUAAAAACUUGCCUUUAUUCCUUUGGUUAUGGGUUUCUCUGACCUCACAGCUGGAGCAGCAGCCAUCUGAGCAGAACCCCAUAUUUCUGCCUAGCGACUCUGAGCACGACUGGCUGCUAGCCAAGAUGUUUGUGAGGAACGCAGAUUUCACUGAACACCAGAAUAGCUACCAUCUACUGGGCACUCAUUUACUGGCCGAGGCCUUCGCUAUGGCAACCCUCCGGAGCCUUCCUAUCAUGCACCCUCUCCACAAGGUAUGACAACCUGACACAGACUGGGGUCCCACCAAACAAUGAACUAUCACAAAGUGUCUUGUUUCAAGAUGGAAUCCUCAUGAGGGGAAAUAGCACCACUGUCCGCCCCAGCACCUUAGUUAUUGUUUUUGUUUUUGUGGACGAAACGGACGUGAAGUGCGUCGAGCAGUGUGGUAAAAAAAAAAUUGCAGUACAUAUUCUUCUGUUGUGUCACGUGUGCAAUGAUGUUCGAGGGAAAAACACAGUGUUCGUUGUUUGCAGUAACUUCUUUGUUGUUAUAAUAUCCCAAACAGACAGAUUCCAGCUUUAACGUCAAAUUACUAUGUUAGAAUAAUGGGAUGUCAAUAUGUUAAACUUGGCCCGGUACAGUCAAAAACAUGAUUUCCCUGUCUUUUAUAUAUAUUUCCACACUAUGAGGUUGGAAUGGUGAUGGUGCCCUUUAAGUGUAAGAGGUGUUUGAAAAGACAGACUGAUAUUUCAGCUUGUUUUAGUGGGAUGGAGUUUUGACCUGCCUGGUGACAUAACCAAGUGGUAAAUUAAUGAAUAGACCAAUAAGAAAGAGCGUUCCAAACCUCUCUGCUAAUAACAGCUAGUUUUUAGUUUCCCCCUCCCCACUCAGACCACUCCCAGACUGUCCAAAAUUCUUGCUUGAGAAAUUGCUCUUUGCUACGAAGCUAUUUCUGUUGUUUUUUUUAAACCAUUUUAAUUGAAAACAAUCACAGUAAGGUACUUAAUUGUAGCAAUUGUUAUAAUUUGAUAUUGAGAUAAAAAUGGCUGCAUUGGACCUUUAACAAAUAUUUUUCAAUGUAUAUUUGUAAUUUUCUUUACUUCCCUCUUCCUAAUUGUCUGUACUCGGUCCAGUUGCUGAUUCCCCACUCCGUUAUACCUUGCCGGUAAACACCAUUAGUCGUGAAAAACUUUUUGGACCUGAAGAAGGCUUAACUAAGGUAUUUAAAUACAUUAAAAGUAUACAAAGCUUAAAAGCUAACCCAAUAGACAUUGCUACCCUAAUGAUAACAAAUGCAUACUUUAUUGAAGUGCCCAAAAAAAUUACUAAAAAAUUACAUUUAUCUAGGACACCACUUUAGGACUGGAGGGGUUGAAGGAACUCUUGAAAAGGGCACACUCAGAAAUCACAUACAGCUCCGUCUGUCUGCUGGAGAACAUUGUUGCACGAGGACUGGAGUCCAUCCCGAACUUCUACUACAGGGAAGACGGCCUGAAGUUGUGGAACGCCAUCAACAGGUGGCGCUAUGGCUACACUGAUGGACAUAUCAGUAAUACCUUAGUAACCUUAAUGGCCAUUGAAAUAAUUAUAUUGAAAAAAAUAACACAAACAUAGAUAUGUGCUUGAUUGUUGUGAUGUGCAGCUUUGUCCAGGGGAUGGUGGAGCACUUCUAUUCUUCUGACAGUGAAGUGUCCAGGGACUCUGAGCUCCAGGACUGGAUCAACGAGAUCUUCAUCCAUGGGUUCCUUGGAAACGGAAAGUCAGGUAUGAUGACGCAUCAAAUUCACAGAUGAAAUAUCACUGUUGUAGUUCUAUUGUUUAAGAUCAUUCUCCUCAUCCACUGCCUUCCCAGGAAUCCCUCAGCGAUUUGACACAGUGAAGGAGGUCAUCAAAUUCAUCACCAUGGUGAUCUUCACUGUGUCAGCACAACAUUCCGCUGUCAGUAUGGGAGAAGUGAGAUGAGGAAGAGUGCAAAACUAGUUAACAAAUUACAUUGCAGGACUGAUAAGUAUUUUUUUAAAUAAUAAUAAUAAUAAUAAUAAUAUGCCAUUUAGCAGACGCUUUUAUCCAAAGCGACUUACAGUCAUGCGUGCAUACAUUUUUGUGUAUGGGUGGUCCCGGGGAUCGAACCCACUACCUUAAACAUAUUACUACUUUCUCUAUUCUAGUUUGACUACUGCAGCUGGGUACCCAACAGCCCCAUAGAUCUAGCAUGAGCACCAUUUUUGAGACACUGCCAGACGUUGGCUCAACAGUGGCUUCCAUAUGGCUGCUCAGCAAGAAAUAUUCAGAUUUGUGAGUUUUGACCCCAACGAUUUGACCCUCUUAGAUAUGGUAUUUUUAGAGUCAUGUCUGUGAUAUGCUGCAGUCACUGUUGCUGCAGUCAUUGACCCUGUUCGAAUACAAUUGCGCCCUUCCUUUAUCCCUUCCCACCGUAUUUGCUUGAGGUAAUCACAGGUCUGUGUGUGAGUUAGGUGAAAACAUGGUUUCCACCAGAGGAGGCUGGUGGGAGGAGCUCUAGGAGGACGGGCUCAUCGUAAUGGCUGGAAUGGAAUUGAUGGAAUGGAGUCAUGUGGUUUCCAUAUGUUUGAUGUGUUUGAUACUGUUCCAAUUAUUCCAUUCCAGCCAUUAGAAUGAGCCCGUCCUCCUAUAGCUCCUCCUACCAGCCUCCCCUGGUUUCCACCCCAUUGCUUUCACCAAUCUUACAGUUACUGAUCAGCGAUUUCCUCAAGCAAAUAAGGAAAGAACGGUGCAUUUUGAAAGUAUUCAAACAGGGCCAUUGUUUUUUUUUUUUUUUUUUUUUUAGGGGGUAGAUCAGCUUUAAUAUUUCAGAUAGAUUGUAACUUCCAUCAAUGUAAUUGUCUGCAUCACUUCCAAUCCCCCAUAUGUUUUUUUUCUCGCAAAUAUAUAUAUAUAUAUAUAUAUAUAUAUAUAUAUAUAUAUAUAUACAUACAUACACACAUACAGUGGGGAGAACAAAUAUUUGAUACACUGCCGAUUUUGCAGGUUUUCCUACUUACAAAGCAUGUAGAGGUCUGUAAUUUUUAUCAUAGGUACACUUCAACUGUGAGAGACGGAAUCUAAAACAAAAAUCCAGAAAAUCACAUUGUAUGAUUUUUAAGUAAUUCAUUUGCAUUUUAUUGCAUGACAUAUGUAUUUGAUCACCUACCAACCAGUAAGAAUUCCGGCUCUCACAGACGUGUUCGUUUUUCUUUAAGAAGCCCUCCUGUUCUCCACUCAUUACCUAUAUUAACUGCACCUGUUUGAACUCGUUACCUGUAUAAAAGACACCUGUCCACACACUCAAUCAAACAGACUCCAACCUCUCCACAAUGGCCAAGACCAGAGAGCUGUGUAAGGACAUCAGGGAUAGAAUUGUAGACCUGCACAAGGCUGGGAUGGGCUACAGGACAAUAGGCAAGCAGCUUGGUGUGAAGGCAACAACUGUUGGCGCAAUUAUUAGAAAAUGGAAGAAGUUCAAGAUGACGGUCAAUCUCCCUUGGUCUGGGGCUCCAUGCAAGAUCUCACCUCGUGGGGCAUCAAUGAUCAUGAGGAAGGUGAGGGAUCAGCCCAGAACUACACGGCAGGACCUGGUCAAUGACCUGAAGAGAGCUGGGACCACAGUCUCAAAGAAAACCAUUGGUAACACACUACGCCGUCAUGGAUUAAAAUCCUGCAGCGCACGCAAGGUCCCCCUGCUUAAGCCAGCGCAUGUCCAGGCCCGUCUGAAGUUUGCCAAUGACCAUCUGGAUGAUCCAUAGGAGGAAUGGGAGAAGGUCAUGUGGUCUGAUGAGACAAAAAUAUAGCUUUUUGGUCUAAACUCCACUCGCCGUGUUUGGAGGAAGAAGAAGGAUCAGUACAACCCCAAGAACAACAUCCCAACCGUGAAGCAUGGAGGUGGAAACAUCAUUCUUUGGGGAUGCUUUUCUGAAAAGGGGACAGGACGACUGCACCGUAUUGAGGGGAGGAUGGAUGGGGCCAUGUAUCGCGAGAUCUUGGCCAACAACCUCCUUCCCUCAGUAAGAGCAUUGGAGAUGGGUCGUGGCUGGGUCUUCCAGCAUGACAACGACCCGAAACACACAGCCAGGGCAACUAAGGAGUGGCUCCGUAAGAAGCAUCUCAAGGUCCUGGAGUGGCCUAGCCAGUCUCCAAACCUGAACCCAAUAGAAAAUCUUUGGAGGGAGCUGAAAGUCCGUAUUGCCCAGUGACAGCUCCGAAACCUGAAGGAUCUGGAGAAGGUCUGUAUGGAGGAGUGGGCCAAAAUCCCUGCUGCAGUGUGUGCAAACCUGGUGAAGACCUACAGGAAACGUAUGAUCUCUGUAAUUGCAAACAAAGGUUUCUGUACCAAAUAUUAAGUUCUGCUUUUCUGAUGUAUCAAAUACUUAUGUCAUGCAAUAAAAUGCAAAUGAAUUACUUAAAAAUCAUACAAUGUGAUUUUCUGGAUUUUUGUUUUAGAUUCCGUCUCUCACAGUUGAAGUGUACCUAUGAUAAAAAUUACAGACCUCUACAUGCUUUGUAAGUAGGAAACCCUGCAAAAUCGGCAGUGUAUCAAAUACUUGUUCUCCCCACUGUAUAUACAUAUAUACAUACAUACAUACAUUGUUGCUCUAGUCUAGUCUAAACCCGCCUACACCAAUGAAGUGUACUCAUACUUGAGUAAAAGUAAAGAUACCUUCAUAGAAAAUGACUCAAGUAAAAGUGAAAGUCACCCAGUAAAAUAAUACUUGAGUAAGAGUUUAAAAGUAUUUGGUUUUAAAUAUACUUAAGUAUCAAAAGUAAAUGUAAUUGCAAAAAUAUACUUAAGUAUCAAAAGUAAAAGUAUACAUAAUUUCAAAUUCCUUAUAGGCAAAUCAGGCACGAUUUUCUGGUUUAAAAAAAAUUAAUGGAUAGUCAGGGGCACACUCCAACACUCAGACAUAAUUUACAAAUGAAGUAUUUGUGUUUAGUGAGUCCGCCAGAUCAGAGGAAGUAGUUAUGACCAGGGAUGUUCUCUUGAUAAGCGCGUGAAUGACCAUUUUCCUGUUCUGUUAAGCAUUCAAAAUGUAACGAGUACUUUUGGGUGUCAGGGAAAAUGUAUGGAGUAAAAAGUAAAUUAUUUUCUUUAGGAAUGUAGUGGAGUAAAAGUUGUCAAAAAUAUUACUAGUAAAGUAAAGUAUAGAUACCCAAGAAAACUACUUAAGUAGUACUUUAAAGUACUUAACACCUGUGCACCAAUGACCUGACAGGCCUGAUCAUCACAAAUACAUGACUCACUCAUUUGCUUCUGCUUAUAUCUGGAGAUUUUCUUCUCCCACAAAGUAAUAAAGUGGAAUAUCGUCUGUUUUCCUCAGAUCCCCCUUGGCUCAUACCCAAAUGAAUACAUUGACGCGGCUGAUAGAUACUUUGACGUGACCAAGCAGAUGAUGAAGCACUUUCAGGCAGAGUUGUCCUACCUCAGUGGGUCAAUCAUUGAGAGGAAUUCCACAUUUACACUACCUUAG